AUUUACCACAAGGUGUUGUGAUUUGUUUUGCUGUCAAAGCAAGAAUUUCUUUUAUUUUGCUGGAAUUUUACACGUACUAUUUCACCCGGUGAUAGAAGUUUUUCAACUAUGGUACGAGUUCUGUUUGUCCACCCAGAUUUGGGCAUCGGCGGUGCAGAACGAUUGGUUGUUGACGCAGCACUAGCUCUCAAAAACAAAGGUCAUACCGUCAGCAUUCUGACAAACCACCAUGAUCCGGAACAUUGCUUCGAAGAGACUAAAGAUGGAAACCUAGCUGUUAUGACUGUCGGUGAUUGGAUCCCCAGAGAUAUCUUCGGAAAGUUUUACGCUGUAUGCGCCUACGCCAGAAUGAUAUAUGCAGCGUUUUACUUCACCUUAUUCUUAUCCAAACGAGAAAAGUAUGAUGUAGUGUUUUGUGAUCUCAUUUCGCUUGGAAUUCCAAUUUUUCGAAUGGCGAGAUCGAGCCCUAAAGUGUUAUUCUACUGUCACUACCCGGAUCAGUUAUUAUCCAAACCAGGAGGCAUCCUGAAACGAUACUAUCGCAUGCCGUUGAACUUUUUGGAGGAGGUAACUACCGCUCAAGCCGAUGGUAUUCUGGUGAAUAGCAAAUUUACUAGUCGAGUGUUUAAAGAAACAUUCAAACGAACCUCUGUCGAUCCGGACAUAUUGUAUCCUUCACUGAAUACUAAAUAUUUUGACGAAACUGUCAUAGAGGAAAAAGAUAAGAUUGCUGGCAUUCCAACGGAGAAUUUCGUUUUCUUAUCCAUAAAUAGGUACGAGCGUAAAAAGAAUUUGCCUCUAGCAUUGCAUUCAUUCCAAAAGUUGCAAUCGUUAAUUUCGCCUCAGCAGUGGAGUAAACUGAUGUUGGUUUUGGCCGGAGGAUACGAUGAACGCGUCCUUGAGAAUGUUGAACAUUUCGAUGAGCUGGAAGAGCUGGCGGAAGAUAUGGGCCUUCGUGCGAAGGUGCGUCUUUUGCGAUCGCCGAAUGAUAGGGAGAAGCUGUUUCUACUCCAACGGGCUCAGGCUUUGGUCUACACUCCUGAAAAUGAACACUUCGGGAUAGUUCCUCUCGAGGGAAUGUAUCUUGGAAAGCCGGUAAUUGCCGCCAACAGUGGCGGACCAACAGAAACCAUUAUCAAUGAUCAAACGGGUUUCUUGUGUGAAGCUCAACCGGAUAGUUUCGCUUCCGCAAUGGCUAAAUUGGUAAAAGAGGAUAAAAAUUGUGUUCGAAUGGGUGAGAUGGGACGCAAACGCGUCCAACAGAGGUUCUCCUUCGAAGCUUUCAGCAUCAAGUUGGAUAACAUUGUAACCGAUUUGGUAGCGAGAACUGACGGACAGAAGAAACUGAAAUAGCAUUGGUUUACAACGUCGAUUUCGGCUUACCUUCUGCUACAAGCCAUGCGACGAGUUAAUAAUUGACCGACACCAGCUCCGUUUCCGGAACAAUACCGAGGAACAUUGUGAUUGGUGCCACACAUUAAUGGUUUUGCCCAGUAAAAGGAUGGAAGAGAAUUAACACCUCUUUAUUCUCCCCUGUGCUAAAAUCCAAGCUUAUUAUCUCUGUGGUAACUCAAAGGUUUACCUUUAUCUAUGCUCACUCAGCAUAGACUCAACAUUAAUGUUGUGAAUUCGUUUUUUAGUAUCAUAUGAAUGUCAGGAUCCAUUGUUAGGUUGAUUAACGUAGUCCAGUUUGAUAUAAUCUUGUAGUUGAUAUUGCAUCUAAUAAACAGUUGCUAAAGUU